CCGCAAGAACCAGCAGCUGGAGCGGCUUGAAGACAGAGAGAGACAACUGGAGAAGGGACAGGCCUUCCUGCACAAUAGACUGGGAGGAUGAUUAAUAUCUUCUGCCCACCACGAACUUGAAGAAGAAAGUCCAGAAAGUGCCUGAAUAUCUAUCCUCCCCUCACAGAUGCAUUAAGCCUUAGGUGAGAUGGCAGGUGCUGGAGAGCGCAAGGGGAAGAAGGAUGACAACGGCAUUGGCACAGCCAUCGAUUUUGUGCUCUCCAAUGCCCGGCUCGUGUUGGGUGUGGGAGGAGCUGCCAUGCUGGGCAUUGCCACGCUGGCUGUCAAACGAAUGUAUGACAGGGCAAUCAGUGCUCCCAGCAGCCCCACCCGCUUGAGUCAGUCAGGAAAGAGAAGCUGGGAGGAGCCAAACUGGCUAGGGUCCUCAUCACGGUUACUGAACCAAGAUAUGAAGACAAGUCUGAGCCGUUCCCUACAGACCCUCCCCACUGAUCCUUCAGCUUUAGAUGCAGAUGUGUUCCGACCUGCAAAGCCCAAACCAUCUGCCAAGAGGAGCCAAGUAGAAUUGAAGAAGUCGCACCUCCGUCUGUCCCUGCAAGAAAAACUCUUUGCCUACUAUCGGAGGAAAGUGGCUAUCCCAGCAGAAGAGCAGGCCCGGGCCAAGCAGGCAGCUGUAGAUAUCUGCGCUGAGCUGCGUAGCUUCCUACGUGCCAAGCUGCCAGACAUGCCCCUACGUGACAUGUACCUCAGUGGCAGCCUCUAUGAUGAUCUGCAGGUAGUGACAGCUGAUCACAUUCAGCUCAUUGUGCCUCUGGUCUUGGAGCGGAACCUGUGGUCAUGCAUUCCAGGUGAGGACACCAUCAUGAACAUCCCUGGAUUCUGCCUGGUGCGUCGGGAAAACCCAGAGUACUUCCCCCGUGGGAGCAGCUACUGGGACCGCUGUGUGGUGGGGGGCUACCUCUCCCCCAAGGCUGUGGCAGACACUUUUGAGAAAGUAGUGGCAGGUUCCAUCAAUUGGCCAGCCAUUGGGUCCCUCUUGGACUACGUGAUUCGUCCGGCAGCACCCCCAGAGACCUUGACACUGGAAGUCCAGUAUGAGCCAGAGCGACACCUUCUUAUUGACUUCCUACCAUCCCUGACACUGGGUGACACCAUCCUGGUGGCCAAACCCCACCGAUUGGCCCAGUAUGACAAUCUGUGGCGACUGAGCCUGCGGCCAGCGGAGACAGCUCGCCUGCGGGCCCUGGACCAAGGCGAUUCUGGCUGCCGUUGCUUGUGCCUCAAGAUUCUCAAAGCUGUGUGCAAGUCAAACCCAGCACUGGGCCGCCUCACUGCCAGCCAGCUCACCAAUGUCAUCCUGCACCUGGCCCAAGAGGAGGCUGACUGGUCCCAAGAUGUGCUAGCUGACCGCUUCUUGCAGGCACUGAAGGGACUGAUUGGCUACUUGGAGGCUGGUGUCUUACCCAGUGCUCUGAAUCCCAAGGUGAACUUGUUUUCAGAGCUCACCCCUGAAGAAGUGGAUGAGUUGGGCUACACUCUCUACAGCUCCUUCUCAGAGCCACAGGCCACCCAUAUUUCCUGCUGUGAAGUUGGUGCUCCUGCUGGAUUUCAUGGUGCUACUGGUCCAAUUCCACUGUUCUCUGUCCCAGCUGUUAUCUGUUGGCUGCGGGGGGUGGGGAGGAGGCACCAUUGUGCAGUGUUUGUUCUUAAGGCCUGCUGCAGGUGUUCCAACCUUCUACCAAAACACUGUGCCCUCUUUUCCCUAUGAAGGAGUGAACCCCUUCAUUUCCAUGUUAGAGUGGGUGGAACUGGGCCAGUGAAUCCAAUGGCAAUUUGAGCAAACUUAUCGUUGACAUCUAGUAUUUCUCCCACUGUCUGACUUCCCCUCCCUCAUGUGUUUCCUGUUUCACCUACCUUGUUGUUUUCCUUUCCUCUCUCUCCCACUCAGACCCAGAAGUGCAUAGCAGCUCAACUAAGAUUUUUUGAUAGGACUGUGUAUAGCAGUGAUUGUAUUACAGAGUGAACUCUGCAUAAUGAUUGUACAGGCAGUAUGUAGGGGUAUAAGGCUUGCAGAAGAAGUAUGCACAUGGCUGACGUUUCUGCUAGUGUGGAGUCCAACAGCAGUGUCAUCCUUGAUAAGUUGGGUAUAUGUGAUCAGUCAAAGGUGCACCACCACUAGUCCCACUGAACCUGUGAAGAAACUGCAUGUGCAUCCUGUUCUCAUGAAGCUGAGGAGAGAGUGGGGUCCUGCCUGGCAAGAUCCAUUGGGUGUUUCUGGUGGAAUUGCCUUGGAAAUCAAGAACAGUCAAGGUGAGACCUCAGAUGUGCAGAGUAAGAGGCUGAAUACAGGAUCUGUUUUCUCUGUUUCUCGAAUAGCAGCUCUCUCAUUCCAUUAUGGUUUUUACUCUCAGUAACAGGUGGAAGCAGGUUUAUACAACAGAGGGGUUUGCAAUAGACACACAUGGAUCAGAUUGUCACCUGGUGUAAAUUGGUGAAGCUGCACUUAAGUUGAUGAAGCCACACUGAAUUACACCAGCUGAGUAUCUGGCCCAUACUUACUAAGUGCAGUGUUAGUGCCUAGGAGCCAUCUUGGAGUGAGUUACUGGGAACAGGAGAUGAAAGGUAUGUAUCUCUGUUUUGGGAGGAGGGGAAGGAAGGGGAGAGCUGAGGUAGAUCUUCCCUUCUGUGUUCCCACAGGUUAAACUUGCACUGUUUGCAGUGUAAAGUCACAGGGACAGUGGGGCACACAAUUCACAUUUCCUCUGUUUUGGUCCUGUUGGAUUUCUACAGUAUUUCAACUUCCACUGCCAUUUUGUGCUGUUCUCUCUCUGCUGUACUUCCCUGCCUGCCUCCAGAUGAUUAUACAGCUUUGAGGGAGUGGCCAACCACACAGCUGUAUCUCCUGCAUUGCAGGCAUGGAGCACCUAUCUCCUCGGGACUACACAGCUUCCUUCCUGCUGCCACUCUCUGACAAUGGUGGAGCUCUGUCUGUCUUGAAUGACAAGUACUACCAUUAUGUGUACAUGCAGUUUUGGAGUUUUCUCCUCUUCCCAUUUUUAACACCCAACCUUUCUAUUUAAAAGCAACACAAGAGCUGAGGAGAUGAAUUGCAAUUGUGGAGACUCAUGAGAAGAGAUCUAAGACCUUAUUUUAUUUCCCUCUUAAAGGUGGUGCAGGGGCUUGUGAGGUAAAUCUCAGGGGUGGAGUCCCAGCAGAGAGACUUAGGCCAUAUUUUCUAAUUAAAGGUGGUGCUAGUAAGAUGAAUCCUAGGGAUGUGCAUUUAUCCUAGGCCAGAUUUUCUCAGGCAGUCAGUCCAGUCUAACCAGUUUGUCUGACAGUAUUCAGUAUACAGUGAUAAUGCAAUGUUACAUUUUAAAUUAUUUAACCCCUAGACUGCUGCUAUUUUCUAGGCUGCCAGCCAAAAACUUGGAAAGCUGUGUGUUAUAUAAAAUCUGUAGUCUCCGAGGGGUUAACAAAUUGACUUUGUAUUAUUUUAUUUUUUAACUUCUGCAGCAGUCAGUAUUGGGUGAGGUGUUGGUUGCUCCUUACUCAUGUUCUUGGAGUUUAACCCUUUUCCUUUUUUGCUCUCUGCUUUACUUCCAGUAUCAGUCUUUCUGCCAUUAACACAAAUAGGCGAGACUUUGAGUCCCUUGGGGGACUGGGAAACUUACCCUCCCUCUAGCUACUUGAAGGUCAGCAAAGCUUUUACAAUAUUAGGGGAUGGAUGGAUUCCCUCUGUGCAUUCAUCUCUGCCGUGUUCUCACCCCCCUCACUUGAUGCCCACUCCAAUAAAAUGGCCUUGACAUAACUGAGUAAUAGCAUGGUCAGGAAUUAUCAAAACGCUACAAAAAGGGUGAGACAAGAAUAGGGGGAAGCCAGUGUCUGGUUUGGCUUCAGAAGCCUUCCUUGUUCUUGUCAGAUACAGUGUCUGUAUAAAGAUAGGUAAGUGAACCCUUUGUUUCUUUCUGGCAACCUAAUGAUUCGUGCUUUUAUGACCAUUUCUUGUUGCUCCAAAGUUGAAUUUGUGUCUUUUUUUCCCCUCUCUCAACAAGACUUUGUUCCACUUCACUUCAGUCACUUUCAUCACUUCAUCUGUUCAAUUCUGAAAUGUAAAACUUUUUUCCCCGCUGAGCUAACUACAAGGAUGUGGUCUCAGCCUGGUUCCUAGGGAACCGGGUGCUCUCAUCCCACAGGCAGCUGCCACAACUGACAACAGUCACCCCCUUGUUGGAAGUCUCAGCAUAGGCCAAAGAUAUAAUGGGUCACAGAGAUUGAUCUGACCAUGUGUCCACAGAAUGUGGUUAGAUCAGGUCAGGGCUGAGGCAUGAAGACCAGGGCAGGGGGGGCCAGUGCGCUGGAAGUUGACACUAAUCUGUAUGCACUUGUAAGAGUUGUCGAGCUGGCAUCUGUCAGUGUUAAAAUUCACUACAAGUCUAGUUGUAUUGAGAGGAGAGUAAUAGCCAGGAGGGCUUCUGUGUCUUACCCAUUCAUGGACUGCUUUCUAUAUGAAAUUAAAAUACAGAGCAAGGAUGCCCAGAAUAAAAUAUGAAAAUUGCAGCUCAUGGCCACUUCCCCAGUUCAGGGAAGGGCGGGCAGCCCAUGGAGACAAAUGAUUGUAACAGGCCCAGAGCCCCAAGUCUGUUGUUUUGCACUCUUGGCUCCGGGAAUGCCUUGGUGUGUGCUGCUAUUGCUUAAAUCACACACAACUUGUAUAAGAUUGUCUUUGGGUUCCCUGCAACUUCAGAGUGAGGACCAGCUAGCUCAACUGCAGGUUUUUCCUGCCAUUGAGUUCAAUCUUUAACCUUUUAAGUCACAUGAAGAUUUUUAAAAUUAAAAGCAAUUAUGUAAAAAGUCUGCCCUUUGCCUCCUGGCAAGCUGCUGGUGUGGCCCCUGGUGUCAUGGAGUCUGGGUGCCCAUGGUCUGAAGUGAGCGGUUGAGAUGCCCCCAUCUCUCCCAGGCUGUGAUAUUGUGGACUGGAAGGGGGAAGGAGUAGUGUACGAUCUGUGACAGAGUGUGUGGAUACUGAAAUAAAAUAACUUUCCACAGAA